GCACAGAAGCGGAAGAAGCAGCGGGACUAAGCCAAGCAGCCACGUGGGAAGUAUAGCAGGAACCGGCGGCCGAAGGAGAGAAGCGACCGGCAGAAACAACCCAGAGGCUGGAUUUAACAUUUUUACACAGCACGGGAGCACACAGUCUUCUGGCAUAUUUCCCUUGGCAAAUUCUCUCCAAUAUGUGUCGCUAUGAAGACAUUAGUGUGUUUGUGGUAAAGAGCAGGUAAAUCAUGGAAUUCCACCCCAGAGCAGAUGUCUCCUCUCCUCCCAUACAGCACAGCAUCAUGAAACAGCAGCUGGUGUUAUUACUCACAAGCCAUUGCAUGUAAUUGGACUCUAAGCCUUUGCAUUGGUCUCCUCCCGUCCCCACCCAGCCCUUCAAAUUCUUUUGCUAUGCCAGCCUCCUCAUUUCUGCAACAGUCCUCACACACACAUCCGCAUUUAUGCCACAUUGUUAGCUGCCUUUUCUAUAAACUUGGUCAUGAUCCUUGGCCCUGUCCUGGCCUCUUGUAGAACAUUAGAUGGCAAGGGGCACAUGAAAGGCAUAUCGUUUUGGGACCGGCCCAUCCUGCAAAAUGUUGUGUUCUGCUCAGAUACAGAAGCAUUACAUCGUCCUUAUGGCAGUGACUCUGAACCACAGGCUCUUACUGAUGCUAUCCGCUGGAGUUCCAAGGAGAAUCUUCUGGGAGCCACAGAAAGUGAUCCUAACCUUUUCCUUGCCCUUUAUGACUUUGUCGCCAGUGGAGACAAUACACUGAGCAUCACCAAAGGAGAAAAGCUCCGUGUCCUGUGUUACAACCAGAAUGGGGAAUGGUGUGAGGUGUUGUCUAAGAAUGGGCAGGGUUGGGUGCCCAGCAAUUACAUAACUCCUGUCAACAGCUUGGAAAAACACUCCUGGUAUCAUGGACCUGUGUCUCGGAGCGCAGCAGAGUACCUGCUCAGCAGUCUUAUCAAUGGUAGUUUCCUGGUGCGUGAAAGUGAGAGUAGUCCUGGUCAGCUCUCUAUAUCACUACGCUACGAGGGCCGUGUUUAUCACUACCGCAUCAAUACAGCUUCUGAUGGGAAGGUCUAUGUUACAGCAGAGAGUCGAUUUAACACAUUAGCUGAACUGGUUCACCAUCAUUCUACUGUGGCUGAUGGCCUUGUUACAAUUUUGCACUACCCGGCACCAAAAUGCAACAAACCUACAGUUUAUGGAGUGUCCCCUAUCCAUGAUAAAUGGGAAAUGGAGCGUACUGAUAUCACCAUGAAGCACAAGUUAGGUGGAGGCCAGUAUGGCGAAGUGUAUGUUGGUGUUUGGAAAAAAUACAACCUUACAGUAGCUGUCAAAACCCUUAAGGAAGACACUAUGGAAGUGGAGGAGUUUCUGAAGGAGGCAGCAGUAAUGAAGGAAAUCAAACACCCUAACCUAGUUCAACUUCUGGGUGUUUGCACACUGGAGCCCCCAUUUUACAUAGUAACUGAAUAUAUGCACUAUGGGAACCUUCUGGACUAUUUGCGUGAAUGUAACAGGGAAGAGGUGACUGCUGUUGUGCUGCUUUAUAUGGCUACUCAGAUCUCCUCUGCCAUGGAAUAUCUGGAAAGAAAGAAUUUUAUUCAUCGUGAUUUGGCUGCACGAAAUUGCCUUGUGGGGGAAAAUCAUGUGGUAAAAGUGGCUGACUUUGGACUGAGCCGCCUUAUGACUGGUGAUACGUAUACAGCACAUGCUGGUGCUAAAUUCCCAAUUAAAUGGACUGCUCCAGAAAGUCUGGCAUAUAAUACUUUCUCCAUAAAAUCAGAUGUCUGGGCAUUUGGGGUACUUCUAUGGGAAAUUGCAACCUAUGGAAUGUCUCCCUACCCUGGUAUAGACCUUUCACAAGUGUAUGACUUGUUGGAGAAGGGAUAUCGCAUGGAACAACCAGAAGGGUGUCCUCCCAAAGUGUAUGAGCUCAUGAGAGCAUGCUGGCAGUGGAAUCCAUCAGACAGGCCAUCUUUUUCAGAGACUCAUCAAGCUUUUGAGACCAUGUUUCAUGAUUCAAAUAUUAAUGAGGAGGUAGCAGAAGAGCUAGGACGCACAGCAGUUACUUCAUCAGUGCCAUAUCAAAACCGCCUCCCUAUCCUGCCAUCAAAAUCCCGCACCUUAAAGAAGAAAGUCGAGAACAAAGAGAACAUUGAAGGCACAGGGGAUUCCUCAGACAACUCGACUUCCAGUUCUACACCAGGAUUGCUUCAUGGUUCUCCUGUAGCCAGUGGCUCUCCUGCACUUCCACGCAAGCAAAGGGAUAAAUCCCCUAGCAGCCUUUUGGGUGACACCAAGGAAACAACCUUCACCCGUGACCGUAAAGGGGGAUUUUUCAGUUCUUUUAUGAAGAAGAAAAGUGCCCCACAGCCUCCAAAACGCAGCAGUUCGUUUCGUGAAAUGGAAAACCAGCCUCAUAAAAGGCCAGAGUUGACAGGAGAGCUCCCUUCAUUUCCACACCUUGAUGGUUUAGACUCCCCUGCAUCCCCUGGUUCCCAUAAGUGCUAUGGGAGUGCAUCACAACGUAGUUUUCCAGCAGAAGAUGCCGUAGGAGGACUAGGUGGAGGCUGGACUGGAAUAUCGGGUUUUUUCACUCCACGUCUUAUCAAAAAAACAUUUGGACUGCGAUCAGGAAAGUCUGGAAGCAGCGAGGAGCAACCCAAGCCUUUCCCACGGUCCAAUUCAACCUCUUCUAUGUCUCCUGUGGUUCCUGAACAAGACAGGCUAUCUAUGACUCUACCCAGAAAUUGUCACCGGACUAAGGUCCAAUUGGACCGCACUGCCUCUGUUUCAUCACAGCCUGAAGAGAGCCAGCAUAACCUUCCAAGGAGUGGGCUGGAUAUUGUGCCCCCUCAGCCAGUCAGGGACAGGAUAAAGACCAAGAUGCUUCCACGGACUGGUGUCGGUGAGAGAAAUGGUGGUCUGCGAACUGUUGCUGAUGGGAAGUCAUCACCCAACAAACACACAGGAGGUGCAACUUCAGCCUUUUCUACAGCAGCCCACAAUCACAAGGUGCCCGUUCUCAUUUCACCUUCAACAAGGAAUGCAUCUAAUGAGGUACAACUGGUUGGAAUGGACUCCCUAGGUCACACCUUCAAAUUGCUUCAGGAACAUGUCCCACCAACUGGCUCGGAGAGGGAUAGGCCGUCUCAGCGCCGGCUUAAGCCAAAGUGUGCCCCACCUCCUCCCCCAAAUCUGCGCCUUCUUCAGCCCCCACAAGCUGAGGACACAGCCGCUGCUGCACCUACACUACCUUGCCCAGAAAGGACUACCAAGCCUUCUAGGCCUAUGUUGCCCCCUCCACCUUCUGUUAACCAGACCGGAAAACUCUCAAAUGGAGCAGCUGGGGUUGGUAGGAGUGUGCUGAGGAAGCCAAAGCAGCCAGCUGAGAGAGUUUCUGCUGAGAAAAUAAGCAAAGAGGCUCUUCUUCAGUGUGCAGGGUUGCUAUCCAAUGCCCUUGCCUUACCCCAACCCAACAGUCAACUUGUAGAUACAGGCCAUCAACUUCUGGACUACUGUACUGGAUAUGUGGAUUCUAUUUCUCAAACAAGAAACAAAUUUGCCUUCCGUGAGGCUGUCAGUCGACUGGAGGUGAGCUUACAGGAACUGCAGGUGUCUUCAGCUGGUGGUGGGGGUGCCUCCACAGCUCCCCCUAGUGCAAACCCUGUACUUAAUCACUUACUAUCAUGUGUACAGGAAAUCAGUGAUGUUGUGCAGAGGUAGCUACUGAUAUUUAUGCUGUAAAAUAUGGGAGGUGUUUCUAACUCCUACCUACAGCAUUAGAAUAUAGCAUCCUCCCACUAUGAAAUACACUGCUGUGAGUAGGCAGUGAGUAAUAACCUGAGCGCUGGACUGGCCUGUAAAGGGGCUUUGGCUUCCCCAGCACUAUGGUUUAAACACGUCCGUUCUGCUGGAAAAUAUAGGCAGGCAAUGUGUUCUAGCAGUAAAUUUUGUAAGACAAAUCGAUAUCCAGUAAAUAUUUUUUUGUUUCCUCUCCAUAUCUUCCUAUCCCAUCUCAGGUUUUUUUGGUUUUAGACAUAUAUGUAUGUUAUAUAUUUUAAAAUGGAGAUUUCUUUCCUCCCUACUGUUUGGGUCCAAAUAGGAUAUUGGCUAAGUUGGAAUGUUCUUUAUUUGAUAAACAUUUCUCUGUCUAGAUAGUGCAAGGAAUGAGUGGUGGUUUGGUCUGGUGUCAUUUUAAAGUAAGAAAGAUUUGAGGCAAGAAGAGGGUAUCACUGUAUGGGAAGGAAACGCGCGGUUUAUCUUUAUACCUCAUUUUGCCUCUUUGCUGCUAAAAGGACCUGGUGGCCAUUUCUUUUGCACCAUACUAUUGGAUCUCUAGAGUAACAGGCCUCUUUUGCAGUGAAAGGUGUCAACUACAAUUCACAAUACCAAUUGUUUUUUUAGGCACAGAUCUUACAUGAAAAAAGAAUAUAUAUAUUUGUUUUCUUUAGUGCUUAUGCUGAUGGUGUUUUUCCCUUUACUAGUUCCACCCUUUACAUCCCAGCAUCACUGUAGUCAAGUAGUGUUGUGCCUGUUUAAUUUUUUAACAACAUUCCUGAACAAUUUUACAUAUUGGCACAGGUCAGGGUUGAAAUCCAUGCAGUUUAAAAGACAUAUACUCAGAAAGCAAUUUCCUGUUGUGUUUUCAGUAGCCAUGCUAUAGGAGGCCAUGAGCAGCAGCUCAUUGAACAGAACAGUCUUAUAAACCAGAUGAUGGAGAAUUUGCUCUCCUAAGAAACAACUCAAAUGCUUACAAAUUGUCAGUUUGUGAAUAUCUUUUUAUAUAAAAUCUGUUCGGAAGUGUUACCUGAUAAUGUUUAGGAAUAACUUGUAUUUAUUUCAUUGCCAUUCGUUUUUUAAUCAGCUAAAAAUGAAAGCCAAGCACUAUGCUUGCGUGUAUAUUUUUUAGGAAUUUAGCCAUUUAGUACAGCUCCAGUUUUUUCCAUUGCCUGAAGGUAGACAACUGAAAGCAACUGAGGUGGAAGCUUGUGCACCACGAUUUAUCAUUUUGCUUUUGCUGUAAUAUUGUGUUUUAAAUAGAAACUGCUGAGACAAAAAAACUUUUUCAUUUAGUUCUAUUCCUAUUUUAAAAAGUUAAAAAGAUUUUUAUUGUAAAACUACAGAAUGACGUUUCAGCCUGGUCCCAGGCCUUACUCAAAGUGCUGGGACCAGGCCGAAUGUCAGUCUGUAGUUUUGCAAUAAAAAUCUUUUCAACUUUUUAAAAAAAAGUCCUGAGUGCGCGGACCUUAUUGGAUUUGGAGUGAAUAAAUGCGAUAGACACUGCAUGUUUCUGGUCAUUGCAAGGUUCCAAUCUCUGCUCAUCCCUGUGGCACAAUAAUAGGUUUCCUGGUUCACUCCAAAGUGAGAUUCUUAGGAUGAGAGUAGGAUAUUUAUGCUCUUUUAAUCCAUGUAUGUAAAGUAUCCUAAUUUGUAAUUGUUAUGCUAGUCAGAUAUGAUGGUACAGUAUUAAAUUAACUGAUGUUUUUUUUUUUCCCAAUGGCCCAAAGUACUUGCACCUGGACUAUACUGGAACUGGAGUUUUAAGCUGAAUAACUGGCAGCACUUAUACAUGCAAACACAUUUCACUGCACCCCAAAAAGAACAAUGUGUGUUUGCUCUAAUGCUAAAUCAAGGGACCUAUCUAUGUAAUCUUAUAGGCAGAGUCCUCCAGCACAUUUAACUUCUUGUACUUCAUUUAGUGGACAGAAAUCUUACAUGGAUAAGCUAAAGCUGCCAGCCUGUAGUUAGUAACAAUCAGUCCGUACAAUACUACCAAAAUGUUCUAAUAUGUUCCUAUCCUUAGGGCAUGGUGCUUCAUAUUACAAAAUGACUCCACUCUCUGGAAGACCGCGGGUAUAGCUCCCAUACCUGUAUUGCAAUACAUAUUCUUCCAAGAAUGCAUCAAGCACACUUUACUAAAAUGUUCUUUCCUUCUAUCAUCCUAUAAAAAUGCCUCCAACAACUGAGCAGCAUCUGCAUGACAUACAUUCAUUAUUCCUCUCACUAAAUCCAUGGCUUGCUUUCUGCUGAAUACGUACGUGACAGUGUAAGUCUACCUGCAGCUAUUAGUUGUCUGUGCAAGUUCAAGCCAAUAGGUUUGGCAGGGCUUUUUUUCUUUGUAACUGCCACUCCAAAGAGCAUUGCCAGGGUGUGACUUGUUACAUCAUAUUAAAGGGAGAAGAAGCAAAGGAAGUAUACUCCAACAGUUUGAUAUCUUUAAAUGCUGGGUUUAACAUUCUUACUUUUAUUAGGGAUUAACUGGGUAAUAUAAUAAAAAGCAAAUUUUGCAACAGGUCCAGUUACCCAUACGAUCACAUCAGAUGUUGGAGUUCACAGAAAUAAAUGCUGUAGUCUUAUUGGUUGCUAUGGGUUACUAGACCUGGUGCAAACUUUACCCCAUGCAUGUAUUUUGGGUUGCAUACAUGUGACCGCAUGGCUUUUAAACAGUAGAUUAACAGUGUAUGAUAUGAUGUUCAGGGCUAGAAUUCCUUGCUCUGAUAAUCCUCAGGGACUGAGGCUGCUACUGAAUUUCACUGACAUUGUCUUGUACUAAUCUGCUCUUUACAUAUCACAUGGCCUGGUUUAAUGCUGGCACAGAACACACUGGUGUUUGGUUCUUGUGUGAUUUCCAAUAGAACGCUAGCUAAUAUGUUACUAUAUAUGCUGUUAAAAGUGCAGUGUUCAGCAUAAAGCCUGUAAAUAGGGCCUGUAUUAGACGUCUGUUGUGCAUAUUUUCCAGAAAAAGUUUCCUUGCCUAAUAGUUAUCCUGAUUUUCAACACAAGUCUUCUUUAUACAACUUAUGCUGAACAUAUAUUGUGCUUUCUAAUGUUGCUGCCAUGGGUAUGUGCCCUCGUAUUCAUUAUGAAAGUUUUCCAGCUGGCUGCUACUCUCUUUGCUUGUCCCACCAGCACACAACAGGCAGCCUGGAAAACUAACCUUUUAUUUUUCAUCUCCACUUUUUUUAAACAUCAGAAUAACACUAAAUCUGCAACAUUACAGGGUAAAGAAAAUCUAAAGGAUGUAAAUCUCAAUGAAGUCUCUGUAUGUCAUGUAGGCCAUUGCUGAGAUCCUGCAUGGAGACUUCUUUGCUUGUGUCGAGCUGUUCACAAUGAAAGUGAUUGCUAGCUUUGGAAGAUUAAUGGCAGUUGCACCAGCCUGUGGAAAUGUUUGUUUCUGAACACUACAGCAUGAUUUCUUUUAGAUGUUAAGCUUUAGUUACAUUCUGAUGCAGAAAUGUCGACCCAGACAUGAAAGGGGAAUGGGUAGUAAUGUUGUCCUUCAAGUGAUAACGGCCAAUUAGUUUGCUUUGGGUUUGUAGAUAUGGGCAACCUUUGCCUGUGUUACUGCACCAUCCCCAAAGCUGCCCGGUCAGUCACAUGCAGGAUCCCUUCCCUUGGGGAAAUGCUCACCUUCCUAUCAGAUGCUAAAGCCCUUGCAAACCUUUAGCAAUUCCUAUGUAAAUAUAUAACACUAUGAUUUUUCUUCGAUAUGUGUCCUUUAAGAGCAAUCUAGCUUUAAUAGGCAAGCUCUUGAGUGCUGAGCAGUACUUACAUAGGGAACAGAGGAGCCCUUAUUGCAUGGCAGGAAAAUGUUACAAGGCCUCUCCCAGCUGGCAGCCAUUGUGGGUUUGCCAGAACUGCACAUCUCUGCCACAUGGCCUCACCCCACCAGUGUUUUUGUUUUAAUUAUUUUUAAAUAGCUCUUGUAAUAUAUUUUGUUGGUGUUUUUUUUCUUAUUUAAUUCUCACUGGUUUAUUGUCUGACUGUGAACUGCUAACAGUGUUACAUGUGAUGUGAAUGUGACCCAUUGAGCGAAUACAAACGUAUUUCUUUUUGUUAUUUUAAAGAAAAGAACAAAAAAAAAAAGAGAAAAGGAAGUUGCAAUAUUUUAUCGCAAAUAAACUUGAAGCCUCUG